UUCGCCUCGCCGCCUGCCGGGUGUACUAUCGCGCGGCAACCGUGGCGGCGGCGGCGCCGGAGCCGGCUACGACUACAACGAGAGCCCGGGAGGAGCGGAGGCCCGCGGAGCAGAGGAAGGAACAUCGCGGAGCAGAGGAGCAUCCCGGCCUCCCGGUCCCGGGCGGCGUGGCCCGCGGAUUAUGGCUAAAGGAGAGGGCGCCGAGAGCGGCUCCGCGGCGGGGCUGCUGCCCACCGGCAUCCUCCAAGCGGGUGAACGUCCGGUCCAGGUGAAGAAGGAGCCGAAGAAGCAAAAACAGUUGUCCGUUUGCAACAAGCUUUGCUAUGCAGUUGGGGGGGCCCCCUACCAGGUAACAGGAUGUGCCCUGGGGUUCUUCCUGCAGAUCUACCUGUUGGAUGUAGCUCAGGUGGAUCCUUUCUCUGCCUCCAUCAUCCUAUUUGUGGGCCGAGCUUGGGAUGCCAUCACAGACCCCCUGGUGGGCUUCUGCAUUAGCAAAUCCCCCUGGACCCGCCUGGGCCGCCUCAUGCCCUGGAUCAUCUUCUCCACACCCCUGGCCAUCAUCGCCUACUUCCUCAUCUGGUUCGUGCCUGACUUCAAGCAGGGCCAGGCCCUGUGGUACUUGCUUUUCUACUGCCUCUUUGAGACACUGGUCACGUGUUUCCACGUUCCCUACUCAGCUCUCACCAUGUUCAUCAGCACGGAGCAGAGCGAGCGGGAUUCUGCCACUGCAUAUCGGAUGACCGUGGAGGUGUUAGGGACAGUGCUGGGCACAGCCAUCCAGGGGCAGAUCGUGGGCCAAGCAGAUACGCCUUGCAUCCAGGAUGUUAAUGCUUCUACAGUAGCCUUGGAAGGUGCCAAUCUCACACAGAGUGCCACCUCACUCAAAGAAACGCAAAAUGCAUACCUGCUGGCGGCAGGGGUCAUUGCCUCCAUCUAUGUCAUCUGUGCCAUCAUCCUGAUCCUGGGCGUGCGGGAGCAGAGAGAACCAUACGAGACUCAACAGACCAAGCCGAUGUCCUUCUUUCCGGGCCUCCGGCUGGUCAUGAGCCAUGGCCCCUACAUCAAGCUUAUUGCCGGCUUCCUCUUUACCUCCUUGGCUUUCAUGCUGGUGGAGGGGAACUUCGCCCUGUUCUGCACCUACACCUUGGGCUUUCGCAAUGAAUUCCAGAAUCUGCUCCUGGCCAUCAUGCUCUCAGCCACAAUCACCAUUCCUAUCUGGCAGUGGUUCCUAACCCGGUUUGGCAAGAAGAUGGCUGUGUACAUUGGGAUCUCAUCAGCAGUGCCAUUUCUCAUCUUGGUGGCCCUCAUGGAAAGUAACCUGAUCGUCACAUACGUGGUAGCAGUAGCAGCCGGCAUCAGCGUAGCAGCUGCUUUCUUACUACCCUGGUCCAUGCUCCCCGACGUCAUUGACGACUUCCACCUGAAGCAGCCCCACAUCCAUGGGACGGAGCCCAUCUUCUUCUCCUUCUACGUCUUCUUUACCAAGUUUGCCUCUGGAGUCUCCCUGGGCAUCUCCACCCUCAGCCUGGACUUCACCGGGUACCAGACCCGAGGCUGCUCCCAGCCGGCACGGGUCAAGUUCACGCUGAAGAUGCUGGUGACCAUGGCUCCCAUAGUCCUCAUCCUGCUGGGCCUGUUGCUCUUCAAGCUGUACCCCAUUGAUGAGGAGAAGCGGCGGCAGAACAAGAAGGCCCUGCAGGCUCUGAGGGAAGAGGCCAGCAGCUCAGGCUGCUCUGAUACAGACUCUACAGAACUGGCCAGCAUCCUCUAGGGCCUGCUGGAUGACCUGAAGCCACCACGCCCAGGGUCUGGGUUACCAGGCCGCACGAGGAAUCCCGGCUUGCUUGCCUGCUCACUGAACAGCUGGUCUCCAGAUGCCAGGAAGGGAACCAAAGACUCACAAGAAAGUGACCCAGGACACCUGUGCCCACAAUGGGGGCAUGCUCUUCAUAGGGCCACCUGCCCAUGGGGCUGAGCCCAGGGGCUACUACUGUGAAUAUACCAAGGACUGAUCGGGCCUAGCCCGGAACACUAAUGUAGAAACCUUUUAUACAGAGACUAAUUAAUAACUUAAUGACUGUGUACAUAGCAAUGUAUGUUUAUGUAUAUAUGUCUGUGAGCUAUUAAUGUUAUUAAUUUUCAUAAAAGCUAUAAAGCUG